UGAUUCUUAGUUUGUUUUGAAAGCGCUUCCAGCAAGCUUGUUUUGAUAAGCCUACCUGCUGCGCAGGAUCAUGUCGGAAUAUGGCUGCCUGUGGCUAUAUUGGUGUAUUAAACUUCUGAACACUUAAAGGUCUUUAAAGGCGUAGCAGUAUUGUUUUGCUCGGACCUGUUUCCGUGGGUAGCCUUUAGAGCUAUGAUAGGUACCUGUGCUCAGGUGCGACAUAAAACAAAAAGUGGCUCGUAUAUAGACGAUGUGUAGAGUGUGGCUAAGUAGUGUAAGUCACAUAGCGAACGAAGGAAGGUGUCUUUUUAUCUCGUACCGCAAAUCAAGACGUGUAAUAACUGCUGUUCUGUGAUUUUGAGUGGUCAAGUGCGAAACAUGAUUUGGAAAAUUCCAUGGAUUCACAUUCAACUUUGGUGGAACGGAUUGUUCCUUGCAUUGGCUGGUUGUGCAAAUUCGUCACCCGAAUUCCGACCGUUGGUGAAAUCGCGCGAUACGCAGCCGUUGGAUUUUGUGUUUCCCAAUGAGCUCGUGCCCAGACUGGACGAAACGGAAUGUGUACCGGAGUUUCCGAUAUGCACAAAUGUAGCGGACUAUCCGCAGAAGCUGGUGGACGAAAUAGUUUCCCGUUAUGAGCAGCGUUUUGCCGAGGUUUUUGGGAACGAUGUAGUGAUCGAUAGUGGUGAUGUGUUACACCAGCGGUUCGAUACAUCAGACGAUGAGUUCCUUUGCACUAGCGAGGAAAAGCUGGUCCACCCACAAAGUGGAUACACCAUGGAGGAAAAACUGGUGAUGAUUGUCAACACACCGAACUAUUCUCAAGGCGUCCGCAUAGAAGUGUGUCGCCAUCCGGAGCGGCCGUGUAGUAAACUAGAAUAUCUUACUUCGCUAUUCAAGACGAAUUGUAAGCAACUUUAUUCUUACCGUACGCUAUUGGCCAUCAAUCCAACAACCAAGCAGCCUUAUAAGGACACGUUCCGGCUUCCGUCGUGUUGUAAAUGUGUGAUCCGACCUUUGCAGAGACCAUAUAAUUAUUCGUAGGAUUAUUUUGUUGAUUUAUCUGUAAGACCAGAAACCAUCAGUAAAUUGUUUUCUGAUAUAUUCUGACAAAAAUACGAAAGUACCAGUUGACAUUUUAGUUAUUUAUUAAGAGAAGAUGUAUUGCGAUGAGGUAAUUUAUAUGAAGAAAAUAAAUGUUGUAUAUCUAAAACUUA